CAAUCAAACUUAUCACGUACAAGGAUGUGCAUUUUAUAUUCCCUGUUUUGGAUCAGUGUGUGUUAUUUGGAAAAGAGAGCUAGAGAUUUAUGAUCAGUGUGUGUGUUAUUUGAAUUUUCCCACAAACCAAGAAAGAGGAAAAACCCAAGAGCUGCAGUUGAGAUCAGGAGGAGGGCAGAUGGAGCAGACUCGUCCUCAUCGUCUGUAUAUAUGCAUCGAGGAGCGCAAGUAUACGGAUUGUGACAGGUGCCGUUACAUAAUCUACGCCAUCCAACUGAGCGAUCUCUUAAAUUGCUCCUGCAAGAUUAAACCUGAUGCAAGCUGUCAAUCUCCCAGAUGCCCCACUUGCAAAGCCAAAGCCAAGGCAGCCAAAAGGGCCCGAAGAAAGGCGGCGGCCGACGGUUCCAAUGGUGCGGCGGCCGACGGUUCCAAUGGUGAGUCGUCCGACUUACGCAAAGUGGCCUCCAUGCACAACGGAACCUUCAUGAUGGGCUGCGGAGUCUUUGGCUCCAAAAUUCUCUUCGCCGGCGGCUUGCCGGCCCCAACCCCAGACAAUCCACGGAGUGGAUUCGGACCAUUCGCAGAAGAUCCGAGUAAACAAGUGUAUGUGUUUGACACUAAGGACUCUAAUCCUAGCAUUAAGCGCGAAAUAAGCCCCCUCGGGGAAUUCAAGCAAGGGAAAACACGCCCCUUUCUGGUUGACAUCAACGGCGACCUCUAUGCUGUCGCCGGCUCUCCUGCACUCCUCAUGGCUUCUCCGGCUUGCGAGGUAUUCGACUCUCGAAACAAGUGUUGGAAUCCUCUUCCGGAUCAUCCCCUCGUCGGAGGCAGAUGGCUUGUUCCUGUCUUUUCUUAUGCAGUUGUUGGCACCAAGAUCAUGGUCUCCUCCCCAGAAACUCCGCUCUUCUUCUUCGACGUUGCUGAACCCGCUCUAGAAUGGAGACGGCUCCCUCCUCCUCGUCUUCCUUCCCAUGGCACGGCUUUGGUCCUCCUUGGUGGUCAGCUAAUGUUCACCUACACUUUCGCACCUAGUGUACAAGCCUUCACUAGCUGCCUGGAACAUAACUAUCAUUAUUAUGAAGAUUAUUACGCCGACCACCACGGCCUUUAUAAGGCUUCUGGUUCUAAUUGGGGCAUAGUAGCCUGUCAACUGUCCAGUACCGAUUCCAAUGACUCCGGAACUUGGAUUAAGCCCAUCCAAAUUCUGGAGCCAAGGUUGCCGAGUGAAUUUUGGGGGCGAUGCCAUUAUAGCUUUGCUCAUCUAGGAGGUUCAAAAGUCUGCUUUGUUCUUUCCAAUCCCAUCAAGCACCCAAAAAUAAUAGGUCUUUGGAAGAUGCGUCUUCUUGUUCAAACUUUUGAGUUUUCCUUCUCCAAACCAAGUACCACCAUCACCAGUCCUGCUGAUGAUGAUUAUAAUUAUAAUGAUGGUGGCUGCAAUUCAAAAAGAUCAUUCGAUUUCUCCUCCUUCAAGGCCGACACCCUCUCCACUCGCAUCUUUGAAUACGAUUGGUGCGGAGAAUCUUUUGGGACUGCUCACGCAGCCGUGCUUGGUUGCUUUGCCCUGUAAGUUUUGUCUGUAAGUGGUUUUUCGUCAAACUGUUGCACUACAGGGAGAUCUUGCACAGAAUCCCACCGACAUUCUCAUGUUACUUCAAGUUUCUAUGAAUCGGCCAUCAUUUCAUUUAAAGUCCUUGGUUGGAUUGAAGUCUAUUGUGUCUAAGUUAAAAGACCACAACUUAAUCACAUCAUCCGCAGCAACUGCAAUCUAAUUGAAACAUCAUCAUCAUUGAACAACAAAUGAAUGAUAUAUGUCUUCAGACUCCACACCUUUAAGUUAAACUGAGUUGGAUUUGCUAUUCUUGCCAUUAUUGUUUUUUAUACGAGUUGGUUCCUAUGGCAUUGUAUGCAUUUUUAUUCUUAUGAACUAAUCAUUUCAAAACUUCCAUUCGUGUUUGAUGUCCAUGAUUAAUAGAGUCAGUGUAUGGAUAUGUAGAGGAUAAGGGCUAACGCCGUUGUGCUAUAUAUCAAGAAAAUCAAAGCUUUGUUCUUAGGCAUUCGAGAAUUGUAACUAGAGUUCGGCAGCUAGUUAAGGGAAAAGGCGGGUCUAGGCCUCGCCCCUUUACAGUAUGUAAUAUUAAGGGCUGGGUUACGUAAUGCUUCCGAUGAUUACUUGUCCUUACUAUUAGAGGUUAAGUUUGAGAGCAAAACAUGGUCCGUUGCCUCAGUUUUAUGCUUGUUGCAGUGGUUUUUUCUUCAAAAUGUUGUACUACGGGGAGAUGUUGUAGAGAAUCCCACUGACUUUCUCAUGCAAUAUACCUGUAAUCAUCUACUUCAGGUUGUAACGAGUUGGCCUUCAUUUAUUUUAUAUAAUAGUAAUCUUUGUUGGUAAUCUUUAUUCUCUUUCAUAGUUAAUUUGCUGCAAUACCAGUGAUAAGAGCUAGAGCAUUAUUCAAUGUAUUUUCUGUGCACACACUUUCACUCGAGGAAGAAGUUCGUUUUGGACGGAUCAAAAAUCAACUGACUGCAUUGUUUGCGAUUUAAGUCAAUCUAGAUCCUGCAUUGAAACGUGUAUUGGGUCAAACUGGAACUCCUUAGAGAUGCAAAACCCCCUGCGUAUUGAUUGAUUUAGUAAUAGGUAGUAGCUUCUUGUUUGCCAAACACAAUUUGAGAUUCAGUUUUUCGAUUCUUGUUUGUUAGCGACACAAGAUAGUAACGAAAUGUUUAUGGAGUUGUGAGGGUUUCCCGUGUUUAAUCUUGCAUCGUUUUGCUUUUCGUUUCGUUGGGCCAAUGUUUGCUCUUUGCCUUUGG